AUGCCCAUCUUCACUUUGCCGGGGAGCUCACGAGCUUUGUCCUACCACCUUGACGAAAAGCCAAAGGGUGGUUCCGUCGUACUCUUGGCAAAUUCACUCUGUGUCCCGUUCACCGUCUGGCACCGCGUCAGAGACGUUCUCAACCAAAAUGGCUUCCGCACCUUGCGUUACGAUCAGCCUGGUCACGGACAGUCGUCAGUACCCGACGACUUGAGCACAACAAGCUUUACGUCCUUGGCCAAGGAUGCGCGCGACCUGCUGGAAGGGCUAAAUAUACAGCAUCUCCACGCCUGGAUUGGCGUAUCUAUGGGAGCCGCAACGGGGUUCUACUUUGUCACACAGAACCCGCAAGUGGUGAAAAGGUUCGUUGCUUGCGAUACAAUCAGUUGCUCUGCUGUGAAUGCGGGGAUUGACGAUCCCUUUGCACCCAGGGUAGAAUCCGUCCGAAGGGAGGGAAACGUGGACAAACUUAUUCAAGGAACACUGAAACGGUGGCUAGGGAAAUCCUUUUUGGAAAAGAACCCAGAAGAAAGUUCUCAUUUGAAGGAGUUGAUGUCACACAUCAGUCUUGACGGGUUUGAAACUUGUUGUCACGCGCUAAGGAGUGAGUCGUUCGAUCUCCGUCCACUAUUUAGUCAAGUGGGCGCGAGUGUCGAAGACGCGCUCUGUAUCGUUGGGGAGAAGGACGCCAAUCUUCCGGAGACUAUGAAGACAAUGAGUGGAGAGAUGGAGAAGGGUUUCAACUCUGCGGGUAGGCCACGCAAUGUGGAACUUGUUGUUAUCAAGGAUGCAGGGCACGUCUGCUUCAUCGACGGGUUUGAGCAAUUCUGUCAGACGGUCCUCUCAUUCCUGAACGCCUGA